AUGGGUAAAGAAUUAUAUGGCAAUAUAAGGAAACGAACAGCUGAGCUUCAUAAGCGUUGGGGAGUAUCCGGAAAGCACAAAGCAAUCGCCUUCCUGCAGAUACCUGUCUUUAUUGCGCUUAUGGACAGUCUGCGUGGGAUGAGCGGUAACAAUCGUGGUAUCAUUGCCUGGCUAUCGUCGUUCAUCGAGUCGCAAGACCCUGCCUCCGCAGCCCAAUCUUUGCAUUUAACCAUCGAGCCCACUCUUGCGAACGAGGGUGCCCUCUGGUUCCCGGACUUGCUGGCCGGUGACCCCACAGGCGUGCUGCCAUUUUGUCUGACUGCGUCGAUAUUGGGGAACGUUCUGCUGGGAUGGAAAGUCAAGCCUUGGAAGACGAUUUCGUUCCUCCCAAAGAACGAGAUGUACAAGCAGCUCUCUUUCACCGGUUUGCGGUCCUUUGUCAUAGUCUUGACAUGCUAUAUUGGAUUUGCGAGCUUUGUUCAAGAGUUACCAACUGCACUUAUGCUCUACUGGAUCACCAGUACCAAUUUUGCCACGCUGCAAACCUGGGUACUUGACAAUAAGGUGUUUUCACCGGUAGAGAUUGGCGUAUACAAAAAGCAAGCCAUUGUUUUCGAGAGGCCGGGCGAUAAUGAUCCUUUCCAGUUGAAAAACUUGCGCUGA